CGACGCUGCCCGGUGCUGGGGUGUUGCCCUGUGACCUGCUGAUGCAAGAGUGUGAGGCCUGGAAGAGAGAUUUGGUGAUGCUUUGGGGUGGGCAUCCCACGGGACAGCUAAGGGUUGCUGCUGGGACGACGCUGGUCGGAGCUGGGGUGCCUUGUAACCUAGCAAGAUGUGGGGGUGUGAGACCUGGAAGAGCUCGGCAAACGGAAGCUUCCCCUGAGGCAGAGAAAGCGCAGUACCAGUUCUUUUAUGAAAAAACAUUGAAGAGGAAAGAGGACGAGAAGGAGAAGGAGUGGGGAGACAAAGUGAAGGUUCAUGAAGCCGUCUUCAGUACCGUGCCCGCCUUAACUGAUGAUGAGGUGGAAGAGAAGAUUGUCCCACUCCUCAGGGCUUUAGUAGAGGUCCGGGCUGUUGAAGACUAUACAGGCCAACUCGCCAAGGUGUUUGAUGAACUCAAGAAGUUGCGCGAGGAUAUGGCCCUGAUGGCGCAGCAACACCGUGACCAGCUGCAACAGUUUGCUAGCUUGCAGUCGGCCCAAAGUGUCCUUCCGCCUGCUUACCCUGCUUCUAUGGUUGCGUGUCAGUCCAUUCUUGCCCCUCUAACCAUAUCUUAUUUUUUUUUUUCUUCUUCUUCUUCUUCUUUGAGUGUGACCAACAGCCUAUCCAGAUCUGCGGCAGGUCCAGACACCGUUGUUGCUGCUGCUACAGCAGCAAGUGGCAGUGCAGGGUAUUCUGGAACUGUUGCAGCCCCGAAUUCGGACCCAGCGAUCACUGGUCCUAGCUGCAGCUUUCCCUACGUGGACAAGAAGGCGGCACAGAUUCCAUCUAGGUAUGACGGAAAGGACGACAUUGAAUCUUGCAUCAGCUCUAUGCGAUCCUACUUUGAUGUGCUGGGGACAUCCCCGCUCAUCCCUCUGGAGCCAGAUCCUCCUUCUAUCUCCAUGGCUCCCAUCUCUACUUUCGUCCCUCCGCCGUCCGUCGAGUCCACCCCGCCGUCACGCGCUGAUGCUGACGCUGAGGAACUCGCACGAUAUACGACCGACCUGGAGCCCGCAGUUCGUGACCUCAUUCGAGAGUACCACGACGUUUUCCCAUUGUCGUUCUCGUACGCUGGCAUCCCACCGAUCUGCGACGUCGAGCACUUCAUCCAGCUUGUGCCUGACUAUCGUGUUCACCACCAGGCACCCUACAGAUUCUCGAUCCCCGAGGCCACCGAACUCAAGCGUCAGCUUGAGGAGCUCUUGAGGCUGGGUUUCAUUAAACCCAGCAACUCCCCGUGGGGUGCACCCGUCCUCUUUGCUCGCAAAGCGGAUGAAACUCUUCGUCUCUACAUCGACUAUGGCGGUCUCAACCGCUCCACGGUUAAGAACAGCUACCCCAUGCCUCGUUCCGAUGAGCUGUUCGACCGCCUAGCAGGCAACCGCUUCUUUACGAAGAUUGAUCUUCGUAGCGCUUACCAUCAGAUCCGCGUCACUGCAGCCGACCAGCCGAAGACAGCGUUCCGAUCGCGCUUCGGCCACUACGAGUUUACGGUGAUGCCAUUUGGCCUCACCAACGCAACCGCUACCUUUCAGAAGGCGAUGAACGACAUCUUCAGGGACAUCCUGGAGCAGUACGUUCUCGUCUACCUCGACGAUAUUCUGGUCUACAGUCGUACCCUUGAGGAGCACCACAGACACCUUCACGACGUCCUUAACCGCUUGCACAGACAUGGCUUCCACGCCAAGCUGAGCAAGUGCCGCUUUGCCCAACACAAAGUGGAUUUCUUAGGACACUACGUGUCUGACCAGGGUUUCCACAUGGACGACGCGAAGAUCACUGCUAUUGCGGAGUGGCCCGUCCCCACAUCCGCCAAGCAGCUUCGCAGCUUCCUAGGCCUGACCAGCUACUAUAGUAAUUUCAUCCAGGGAUACGCUAGGUAUUCCUACGUCCUUACCUCCACCCUCCUCCGGAAGAACCCACCCUGGGCUUGGACACCCCUCCACGAGGACGCCUUCCACGCCCUAAAGAAGGCGGUGACAUGCGCACCGGUUCUUCACCUACUUGAUUUUGAUCGCCCUUUUAUCCUUACCACCGAUGCGUCAGGCUUUGUUGUAGGAGCAGUGCUUUCUCAAGUCUUCCCCUCCUCUCCUGACUCCUCUCAUCCUCGUAUCCCUCGCUUCCCACCACCUACCCCUACCACUGCUUCCCGACUGACGCCUACUCGUCCAACUACUGACGAGCCUUCUAUUGACUAUUCUCCUACCAUCGCCGAGGACGGCACUGUCGAGUCUCGCUCAGGUGAUUGUUCGAUAGCCUUCUACUCCCGUCAGCUUCUACCCGCAGAAAUAAACUACACUGCUGAUGAACGUGAGGUUCUCGCAGUAGUCUAUGGCGCUCGACACUGGCGUCACUACCUGCACGGGGCACCAUUCACGACGCGCACGGACAACUCUGUUGUCCAGGCUUUUCUGACAAAGCCGAAACUCACUCCUCGACAGGCUCGCUGGUGGCACGACCUAUCCGAGUUUAGUUUCACCACUGAGCACAUCAAGGGUGAGACUAAUCUGGUCGCUGAUGCCUUAUUCCGGCGCCCUGACCACGACCAGGAGCAGAUCCAACUCUCUUCCAUCUCGGUCACCACCGUCCACCAUUCGGUGAUCGACGAGAUUUGCACUCAGUACCGCCACUGCCCCGACUAUCGCGACAUCCACGCGACCCUUCGGAGUGGCAAGACCGUCCCGAACUACUCUCUCGGGCACAACGGUCUUGUGUACUGGCACGGUUCACAGGGCACCAGAGAGCCCCGUAUUUGCGUUCCCUCCACUGGACAGCUACGUGUCCGAGCAGUAGCAGGGUUACAUGACCAGGCAGCCGCCGGUCAUAUGGGCUUCCACAAGACGUUGGCUCGUGUGAGCCGCCUAUAUGUCUUGCCGAAGCGCACAGACUUUGUGAAGGACUACUUCGCAAAAUGUCCCACCUGUCAGGAGGUGAACAGUGCGAACCACCUUCCUUAUGGUUUGCCCCAGCCUCUGCCUAUCCCUAAGGGUCGUUGGCAGUCCAUCUCGAUGGACUUUAUCGGUCCUCUUCAUCCUCCGACCCCCCGCGGUCAUGAUGCUAUCCUGGUCGUCGUCGACCGCUUCACGAAGCGUGCACGCUUUGUUCCGUGCCGCUUUGCCAUCAGUGCACGUGAGGUCGCCGACAUCGUGUUUGACCGAGUCGUGCAUGACCACGACUUACCUCUGAGCAUCAUAUCUGACCGUGCGCUUUACCAGCCGAUUCUGGUGACGGCUCCACGAGUUGUACGGCACACAACUCCGCUUCUCCUCGUCUUACCAUCCUCAGACUGAUGGUCAAACCGAGAUCACGAACAGGACUCUCGGAGAUAUUCUCCGAAAGAUUGUUCGUGACGACCAGU